CUUCCAUUUUCACUCCUCCUCUCCACUCUUCUCUCUCUCAACCUUCUCUUCCUCACACCCACCCACACACAGUAACCGUAAUCUCUCUCUCGCUCUCCUGGUGAUGCUGGGCAAACGUCGAAGGCCUCCGAUGAUAAGGAGGACAACUAGCAUGACUGGGAUCACAGUUGAUAUGCCUGAUGUGGAGGCACCACCAUCUUUGGAUCAUCGGGAUAUGAUCAUAGGUGAUGUGAAGAAGAAGUUGGACGGACCAGAUCUUGAGCGUACUAUGGUGGGGCCAAGUGAGUAUAAUCACCGGUCGAUGGCACUGUUGUCACCCAGAUACCAUAUAAAGGGUUCAGGUGAUUACUCCACAGAGACUGCUCAUUUCUUGAGGACCUGUGGUCUCUGCAACCGCCGUUUGGCAACUGGUCGUGACAUCUUCAUGUACAGGGGGGACACUGCAUUUUGUAGCCUAGAGUGUAGGGAACAACAAAUGAAGCAAGACGAGAGAAAAGAGAAGUGCAGGGUGGCUGCUCUAAAGAAAGCUGAAAGCCAAAACAAAUGAUCGCUUGUUGUCGCUCUCUCCUUGAUUGAAAUUUUAUCAUACAAUACAUGUUAGAGCCAUGCAAGCCCCAAUUCAAAGCAAGCAAUAUCAUAUAUUGCGGGUCGAGGGCCGGCUCAAUAAAAUUUGGGGCUCUAAGGGAAAAUUUUAAGCGGGGGCUUUUACAAACUUAUUAUAAACAUAUAUGCUAUUUUAUGGCUGUGCCAUUUUUUCAACGAAGAAAGAGGGUUUAUACUAUUUUAUGAUUAUGCUAUUUUUCAAUGCGUUAUGAACUUAAAAUCAUAUGAAUGAAAGAGAUUAAGAGUGUAAGUGAGAGAGAAAAGUAAAAAAUACGUUGUAAUAAC